CGAUCAUGGACGAAAAACGGAUAGAUCUACACCAAAUAAGUAUGGGCUACGUAACCAAGCUGGUGGGCGUGGUCGCGGCUAUGGAGGAAGAUCUCCAAGACCCACAUUAAAACAUGGUGCUGAUCAUACAACAGUGACUCUAGAUGAUGCCAAAGCUGUAUCACUAGCCACGUUGGCUGAAGUUCACAAUCCGGCAGACCACUUUGAAGUUCUCAUUGCGUAUAAUCAGUUUGAUGAUUUCCUUGUAGCACUCCUGAACUAUUUUGAUUGUUUUUUUGAGCGUUUAGCCCAAGAGAAGAAACCGAAAACAUUUGCAGCGUAAGUCGUGCUGAAAAGAAAUUUAUGGCUGAAAUGGCAGUGAAAUUGGAUGCAGCGCAAAAAAGGCUUGCUCAGAGUUAUUGCAUUUUAGUGUUGGGUCUGGGAAUAGAAGAGUUUCAUCACAUGGGCUGUGGUCAGCAAAGAGUUUCGUCAACUUACAAAGACAGGGAAACAUAUGAGACUUUUUACAAAUUUUGUGUUUAUGUGGUAUGGGUGGUAUUCAGAAGGAAAGAGUUUGAAUUGGUCAGUAAAGAAAUUGGGAGAAUGCUACGAUCUGAUGUAUUCAAUCCAGCCUUGAGGGUGAAACAUGCCACCCAAGAAGUGAAAGAAGACGGUAAAAAGAAGUUAUCACCAGCAGAGUACAGGAGACAUCAUUCGAAUAGGCCUGCUAUAAAGAGUAUAAUUAAUCAAAGAUCUCCAGUACUGGUUUCCGUGUUGCCAUCACCCAAAGAAGAAGCCAGUUGGUUGUUCACAAAGCCGCGUCCUAAUUCGGAAGGGGGUUUGCCUGAAUAUCCCAAGUAUGAUGAAAUUGAAGAGGACGAUGGUUAUACUACAUCAACGUCUAUGAAAAAACGAAAUGUGCGAGUUGGCAUCAUAGGUGAGCCGUUGAAUCAGUUCAAUUCUGCCACAUUGGCACCGAUUGGGUCUGAACAAGAAGAAGAGAAUGAUGAAAGUGAAUCACGAAGAGGGUCAAUAUUUGGUUCUCCAGGCGGACCCACAACACCAGGUCAGAGAGGCGUGAGCAGACAAACAGACAUCUCCCAGGCAACUACGGAGGGAGGAGGACCUGACGAUGAUGAAGAAGAAGUUGAGAAUGAAUAGAAUUUGUUUCAUGAUUUUUAUUUUUGGCGUUUUUUUUAAUACUCCUAUUGUAACUUUGAUGGAUGGCUCAAAAUGAAUUUUACUUUUUUAGAAGUGUAUUAUGUUUAAACAUUUAUCAUUUUAAAA